AUGUCUGCAGGAUGGAGGGUCUGGGGAGCGUGCAGAGCCCUUGCGCUGCGCCCGAAGCCGGCUCUGCGACCUAGAGCAGAGACCUUUUGGCAAACGAGAGGAGCUACGAGAUUCUACUCUGACGACGUCCAUGGCCAUCCCAGCAAUCCCGCCGAGACGCCCCAAGCUCCGAGCGCGACCGAGGUCAACAUCGACGCCGAAAGCUCUUCGGAAAAGGCCAUGCAGGAAUCGUCCAUAUCGAUAGACCCGGAAAAUGUCGUGCCAGAAUCGUCGUCCAUGCCGGUCGAAGACACGUCGCAGGACUCUUACAUAUCUGGAUUGGACGAUGCAGCUUUGGAGCAGAUGCUAUAUGGCGGUCGGGUUGCUAGGACCGAGACGGAUGGCGGAUUGACACCGGCGCAAGAAAAGGCACUCUAUCGCGAGGGAUCAAUACCGCCCGCGGAAGAGGCCGAGGCUCUCGAGGCAACAGAGCAAGCUGCCGAAUCGUCGUUGGAGCUAGUCGCGCCUAGCGAGGGUGAAGUGGAGGAUCUGGGGCACAAAUUUGGCUUGCCCCCAAAGCCCUACCCACCCGGCUUCAAUUUGAAGCAGAGAUAUCAUCCGGUGCUGGAGCAGAUCACAAGGCUUCUCAUGCGGGAUGGCAAGCUCAGUGUUGCGCAAAGGAACAUGGCCAUGGUCAUGAACUUUUUGCGAACUUCGCCGGCUCCCAUUUACAGUCCCAAAUUCCCUCUACUCCCGGGGACACCUCCGGCUUCCCAUUUGCCUCUCAACCCCAUUCUCUACAUCACCAUCGCCAUCGACUCGGUUGCGCCUCUUCUCAAGGUCAGAAAUAUUGUCGGAGCCGGCGGCGGAGGUCGGGCACUCGAGUUGCCGCAGCCACUUGCGGUGCGACAGCGGAGGCAUACUGCUUUCAAAUGGAUUCUCGACACCGUCGACAAGAAGCCAUCAAGGGGCAGUGGGCGGAAGCAGUUCCCCCACCGAAUUGCCGAGGAGAUUAUCGCAGUCGUGGAGGGAAGGUCGGGCGCGUGGGAAAAACGGCGGCAGGUCCACAAGCUGGGCACGGCGUCGAGAGCUAACGUGGGCUCCAAGAAGAUUGGCAAGGCCAAGAAGAAGUAA